UGCUGUCCGUCACCUGGAAGUGAUGUUGCUUAUUGUAGGAAGUUUUCCGCCAGAAUAACGACCGUGAUUGAAGAAAAGUCGUGAAACUAAACGGUAUGGAUUCUCCAGACUCAAGUCCCGAUCCCAGUCCUGGUGACAGAGAACCCAGUGGAGCCUCAAAAGACGAGUCUGGUCCAACAGCAGGGGGGCCCCAGGAGGCCGAUGCAGUGGACAAAAGCCCCAAAGAGCAAGCCUCUCCUCAGGCCAGUCCUGCAGGUUCGGACGCCUCCAGCAGCUCGGACAGCAGCAGCAGUGAUGAUGAUGAGCAUCAAGGUGCACUGAGGAAGAUGAGAAGCAGCGUGGCUCAGAUCAAAAGAUCUGAUUCCAGAGAGCAAGACAGAUCCGGUGAUAAAGACAGAUCAAGGUCCAGAGAGCGGCAUCAGUCCGGGUCUAGUGAUAAUGACCGAUCCUCGUCCAGGGAGAGAGACCGAUCCAGAUCCAGGGAGAAGGACAGAGUCGGAUCCAGAUCCUGGGGCCGGGAAAGAUCAAGAUCAAGGGGACGAGACAGAUCAAGAUCCAGGGGACGAGACGGGUCCAGGUCAAGAGGACGGGACAGAUCCAGAGAUCGGUUUGAGAGGGACCGCUUCGACAGGAGGCGCUAUGCUUGGGAUCGCUAUGAUGACCGGCGGGACGACGGUGAUGGCCGUUUUGAGAGGCGAGCCUACAGGGAUGCCGAUUCCGACCACAGGAGGAGGGGCCGAUCGGGCUCCCCGACCAACGACAAGGAGCCGGCUGUCGCCGAUGAGCCACCGGUUAAGAAGAAAAAAGAGGAGCUCGAUCCCAUCCUCACUCGAACUGGAGGCGCUUACAUUCCUCCGGCCAAGCUGCGCAUGAUGCAGCAGCAGAUCACCGACAAGAGCAGCCUGGCCUAUCAGAGGAUGAGCUGGGAGGCUUUGAAGAAGUCCAUCAAUGGUCUGAUCAACAAAGUCAACGUGUCCAACAUUGUGAACAUCAUCCAAGAGCUUCUGCAGGAAAACAUCGUCAGGGGGAGGGGUCUGCUAGCUCGUUCGGUGCUUCAGGCUCAGGCGGCUUCUCCCAUAUUCACUCAUGUCUACGCGGCUGUCGUCGCCAUCAUCAACUCAAAGUUCCCUCAGAUUGGAGAGUUGAUCCUCAAACGCCUCAUCCUGAGCUUCAGGAGGAGCUACCGCCGCAAUCUAAAGCUACAGUGCCUGACAGCCUCAAAGUUUGUGGCUCAUCUCAUCAACCAGAAUGUGGCCCAUGAGGUUUUGUGCCUGGAGAUGCUCACCCUGCUGCUGGAGCGUCCCACUGACGACAGCGUGGAAGUGGCCAUCUCUUUCCUGAAGGAGUGCGGACUCAAACUGACCGAGGUCUCCCCCAGAGGAAUCAACGCCAUAUUUGAGCGUCUCAGGAAUGUCCUCCACGAGUCUUCUAUCGACAAAAGGGUCCAAUACAUGAUUGAGGUGAUGUUCGCCAUCAGGAAGGAUGGCUUCAAGGACCACCCUGUGAUACCGGAUGGCCUGGACCUGGUGGACGAGGACGACCAGUUCACCCACAUGCUGCCACUGGAGGACGAAUACAACCAGGAAGAUAUCCUCAACGUGUUCAAGUUGGAUCCAGACUUCCUUGAGAAUGAGGAGAAGUACAAAACCAUUAAAAGAGAAAUCUUGGACGAGGGCAGCAGCGACUCGGGGGAGGAGGGAGACGGCAGCGACGAAGAUGAGGACGAUGAGGAGGAGAACGAAGCGGAGGGCGAUGAAGAAAAGGUCACCAUCUUUGACAAGACUGAGGUGAACCUGGUUGCGUUCAGAAGAACCAUCUAUCUCGCCAUCCAGUCCAGCUUGGACUUUGAGGAGUGCGCUCAUAAACUGAUUAAGAUGGACUUUCCUGAGAGCCAGACUAAAGAAUUAUGUAACAUGAUCCUGGACUGCUGCGCUCAACAGAGGACCUAUGAGAAGUUCUUCGGUCUGCUGGCCGGGAGGUUUUGCCUGCUAAAGAAGGAGUACAUGGAGAGCUUCGAGGCGAUAUUUGCCGAGCAGUACGACACCAUUCACCGGCUGGAGACCAACAAACUGAGGAACGUGGCCCGGCUGUUUGCCCAUCUGCUCUACACGGAUUCCGUCCCCUGGAGCGUGUUGGAGUGCAUCCGCAUGAGCGAGGAGACCACCACGUCCUCCAGCAGGAUCUUUGUGAAAAUCCUUUUCCAAGAGCUGUGUGCCUACAUGGGCCUCCCGAAACUUAACCAGAGGCUGAAAGACCAGACACUUCAGCCAUUCUUCGAGGGUCUGUUUCCUCGCGACAAUCCCAGAAACACGCGCUUUGCCAUCAACUUCUUCACCUCCAUUGGACUUGGCGGGCUGACGGACGAGCUAAGGGAGCACCUGAAGAAUGCGCCAAAGAUGAUCAUGACUCAGACCCAGGAAGUGGAGUCCUCCGACACCUCCUCGUCGUCCUCCUCGUCUUCCUCUUCUGACUCCUCCUCCUCAGACUCCAGCCAAUCCGACUCUUCUGACUCCUCCUCCUCCAGCAGCUCCGAUUCUGACAACAAACGCAGAAAAACUAAGAAAAGGUCGGGACAGAGCGAACAGAAAAAGAAGAAGGAGAGCAAAAAGAGAGAGAAACCCGACAAGCGUCAGCGAGACGGACGCAGCAACGACGAAGACAAGGACGACGGCGAGAGGCCGGCCAGGAGAGACAAGAGAGGCCACGCCCCUGACCCGGAGGAGCGCCCCCGCGAGGAGCGCCCCCGCGAGGAGCGCCCCCGCGAGGACCCCCGGCGGAGCAGGAGAGACGAUAGGCUGGAGGACGAGGAGCGGCGGGCGGAAGGGGAGCGGAGACAAAAAACGGACAGACAGCGGGACGGCGAGCGAGAGAGAGUGAGUGAGAGAGAGAGGGAGCCAUACAGGGAUAGAGAGAGGAACAAAGAGAACAGAGACAGGAACAGAGAGGACCGAAGGAGGAGAUAGGGCCGUCCAUCCCUGCAGAAGCAGACGGAUGAGUGACAGGAGAGUGGAACCCUCAUCUCACCCUGCUGUCAUCCACCCUUUCUUCUCCUCCUCCUCCCUACCGUCGUGGAUUUGGGAUGCGUCUAUGUCCUUCUGUCUUUUUUCUAUUGUUGAUAUGUGAUGUUGAUCAAAUGAGUAAAAAAAAAAAGAAUUAAAGUUGACUUGGAUGUUUUUUAAUCUGUUUCUGGCUAUAAAUUCUAUAAAACAUCA